AUGCGUGAAAUUGUACACAUCCAAGCUGGACAAUGUGGGAAUCAAAUUGGAGCAAAAUUCUGGGAGGUGAUCUCAGAUGAGCACGGAAUUGAGCCGACUGGUGUCUACAACGGAGAUUCUGAUCUGCAACUGGAAAGAAUUAAUGUGUACUACAAUGAAGCAAGCGGUGGGAAAUAUGUCCCUCGAGCAUGCCUUGUCGAUCUGGAACCAGGAACAAUGGAUUCUGUCCGUGCUGGUCCAUUCGGACAACUAUUUCGACCGGAUAACUUUGUUUUUGGACAAUCCGGUGCUGGUAACAAUUGGGCGAAAGGACACUAUACAGAAGGAGCGGAAUUGGUGGAUAAUGUUCUGGAUGUGGUUAGAAAAGAGGCUGAAAGCUGUGAUUGUCUUCAGGGUUUCCAAAUGACCCACUCGCUCGGCGGUGGCACUGGCUCUGGAAUGGGAACGCUUCUGAUCUCAAAAAUCCGUGAAGAGUAUCCUGAUCGAAUAAUGAACACGUUUUCAGUGGUGCCAAGCCCAAAAGUUUCCGAUACGGUGGUCGAACCGUAUAAUGCCACUCUCUCAGUUCAUCAACUUGUCGAGAACACAGACGAAACAUUUUGCAUAGACAAUGAGGCUCUCUACGAUAUUUGCUUCCGUACACUGAAAUUGACAACUCCAACAUAUGGAGAUUUGAAUCAUUUGGUGUCAAUGACAAUGAGUGGUGUGACAACUUGUUUACGAUUUCCUGGACAGCUUAAUGCAGAUUUACGUAAAUUAGCCGUAAAUAUGGUACCGUUCCCUCGUUUACAUUUCUUUAUGCCUGGUUUUGCUCCGCUAACAUCACGAGGAUCUCAACAAUAUAGGCGAGUAAUUUUCUCGUCUUUGACAGUCCCUGAGCUUACACAACAAAUGUUCGACGCUAAAAACAUGAUGGCAGCAUGUGAUCCUCGACACGGUCGAUAUCUUACUGUAGCGGCGAUGUUCAGAGGUCGAAUGAGUAUGAAGGAAGUCGACGAACAAAUGCUUAAUGUGCAAAAUAAGAACUCCUCUUAUUUUGUGGAAUGGAUUCCGAACAAUGUCAAGACAGCUGUAUGCGAUAUCCCUCCUAGAGGAGUGAAGAUGGCAGCUACAUUUGUUGGUAAUUCAACAGCAAUCCAGGAACUUUUCAAAAGAAUCUCGGAACAAUUUACAGCUAUGUUUCGCCGUAAAGCAUUCCUACAUUGGUAUACUGGUGAGGGGAUGGAUGAAAUGGAGUUCACUGAGGCUGAGUCAAAUAUGAACGAUCUGGUUUCUGAAUAUCAGCAGUAUCAGGAAGCUACCGCAGACGAUGAAGGAGAAUUCGAUGAUCAAGACCAUGAUGUUGAAGAAUAG